UGAGAAAUGGAAGAAAAUAAUGUGGUAGCACAUGGCUGUAACAAUUGACUAAGAAAUUUUCAAGCUACGUUUCUCAUGACUACCUAUUAUCAUGUCACUUAAAUGGAAUGUUCCUUUGAAGAAUGGAAAAGAUGUGUUCUUCACUGAAGAAAGCUUCAAUAUAUUUAACAAUUUCAUCAGUUUUGAAGAACGCCUUCUACAGCGUCUAGAAGAACAUGAUACAAAAACUAGUAAGGGAGUUGAUUGUUUUCCAAUCAAUAUUUCUAAGGUGCUUGAAGUUAAACAGGAAUCUGCUUCAUCGACACAGAUGAAAAAGGAAGCAGUUGUGAAACAAGCAUCCUACAAAAAAUUGUCAGCAGAUGACAAAAAACCAAGCAGAUUUUCUUCCAAAGAGGAUGAAGCACAGUCAAGUUUGAAGCUUGCCUUACAUAUCACCAAAGGACGACUACCACCACCAAGGAAGUCGUCUUUGUGUCACGAAGACCAGAAGAUGUAUCUGUCCUUGUUCAGUAAAUAUGGUUGUCAUCCUCCUGCUGACCCAACAGAGGAAGAAAUUACAGAACUCAACAAGCUCAAGAUGCUGCAGAUCGUGGUGAAGAGGGAGCAAGAAGAGUUUCACAAGUAUGCCCUGUCUCUAGCCAAAGCUCUCCAAGCUGAAUAUCACUACAUGGAUGCUGCAGCCAGAAAGUACAUGGAGGCACGGCUGUCAGCCAAACAUCAGGAAGUGGAGUUGUACCCAAGUCAGUACAAUGUUGUUAGUAGCUUUACCCUAAAGGGCACCGGUCAGGCUUCCCAACUUAACUACAUAAAACCUCUUCUUCAUCUGGGCUCUGUGCCAAAGAUGAUCAUUCCCACUGUUACAUAUGAUCGAAGACAUCAACUUUCUGUAGAUGCAGCUGCAGUCAGACAGGAAAAUCCCAUCCGGUCUGACAAAAAGAUGGAAUCCACCUGGAACCACGAGGCUUGCAGUUUGGAUCAGAAUGCCGAGAUAUUAGCUGUCCAACAUCGAGGACAUAUUGUCAUAUCACCUGGGGCCCUCAUGUGCCUGGUAGACAACUUCACCCCUGAUUACAGUAGGGAGUGGGAACUGCCCUUUAGUGUAAAGGAGUAUGAUGUCAUAGAGGAUGAGAAGAAGGUACGACACAGAAUAGUGUACAUUGAUAAACCAUUUCCAUCUAAAGUCACUGAACGAGCCAAGAAUACAAAGUUUUACAAAUUUCUACUUCGCCAUAUUUUCUGUCCUCAUCACUCGAAGGAUCAAACUACAGAAAACAGUUUGUGUGUAGAUACGUCUUCCUGGAAGACUGAAGAUAAAAAAUCAGUUGGGGAGGAAAAAGGAUCAACAGAAAAAAAAUUUCCUCUCUCACACCUUGGAGACAUUUUUGAUAUCGGAAAAUCUUCCAUGGAAGACGUUGAAACUUUCGGAACUUCAAGUUUUGAAUCUUUUACAAAGAGGAAGAAAAAUGAGAUAAAGAGUACCAAUGUUAGUACUGUGAGCAAAACAGAAACAUCAUCACAUGAAAUCUGUGAAAAGAAACAUUUGGUGGACAAUGUUAAGAAAGUGUCCAGAAAAGUGGAUCAAGGCUCAUUGGAUAUAUUCAGUGAUCCAACAACAGAGGAUAUUGAAACAUUUGGACUUGGCAUUUCUGAGGGGAAAUCUACCAUUUCAAAAAAAGGCAGAAAUAAGGAGACAGGACAAGGUAUUGAAGACAAAAGUAUCAUUGAAGAUUCUGUUUCUUCCAAGACAAGGUCAACAUCAUCUACUAGUUCAGAUGUUCAUCUCACACAAUCCUCACAGACUGCUUCAUCUCCAGUUUCACAGGUGUCUACACUGGUCACACAGCUGUCAUCUACACCAGUCACAUUGACACCACCCACUUUAGUUGCCAAAUCAACAGAAUCUACAUCAGUGUUGGGUGCUUAUAGACAGUCAUAUUCAUUAUCUUCUGAUACAUUGGGGCUAUCCACAGAUACCAUGGAAACACAAACAGAAAGUCACGUUACCCUGGAAACUACAACAGAAAGCCAUGUUACAAUGGAAAUACGAACAAAUAGUAAUAUUACUAUUGAAACACAAACAGAAUGUCCUCUUUCAUCAGAAAAACAAGUUAAUACCCAUGUAAGCAUGGAAGCAGAAGAUUGUCAUAUAUCUGAAAAAAUGACUGUUAGAAAUAAUGAAUGUCAGGUUGUAAAAGACGAGCCAUUUACCCUUAUCCCAAUUGACCUACCUGAUACUUAUAAGUCUCAGAGUAUACUGGUGAACCCUGUCACUGUAAACACUGAUUCCAACCUUAAUACCAAUGAAAAAGAACAUGAGAUCAUUAUGGAUGCCCCAGCUAGUCCUGUUUCCAUGGAUACACCUGCUAGUCCUAAUUUUUGUGAUUCCAUAUCAAGUCCAUCAGAAAAUCCAUUUGGGCCAAAAGUAAUCCCUAUGAGUGCAGAAAGACAUGAUCCUCAGUCUUUCUGUUCGCCAGAUGUUCAACGUUGUGUUAUAAUUCCUUUGGAGAUAGAAGAAGAAAGAUGCGAAGAGGUUGUCUUGGACAAGAGUCAGGUGAUCAGUCAAGAGGGUGAUAAUAAAGAAAUCACUGCAAGUCCAGUCCUGGCACAGAGACGAUCACGUCGUCGUAGGUAUACAAAUGUUUCUGUUUCAAGUGACCUUGACAGUGACGAUGAAAAACUUCUGAUAGAUGUGUCAUCAUUAGACGAAAGUGCAGGUGAGGAAGUUGAUGUCCGACCUACGAGACGACAUCAAGCUAUCAAUUCAAAAUCACAACUGAAAAAUAUUGAAGAUGGAAAGACAAACAGUCCGUUACAAAGGAUGGAGUCUUUUCAGGCGAAGUCUGCUGAGGAAGAUAGUAGUAGACUGACAAGGGUAACAAGAUCAAGGCAAUCGCAAGAUAUUGUUAUGACACAGAUGAAACAACCAUCAUCAGGGGUCAAGAAAGAACAAAAGAAAGGUGAUAAAAUGUCUGAAAGGACCAGUAAAACACAAGGUAACAAUUCAAAUAAUGACAAUGGGAAUACAUUAGACAGACAUUUAAGGUCAAGGACACUUAGUGAGUCAAAUUUGACCUCAUCAGAGGUCAGAUCCGGUGAGAAAAAUCCUGGAAUUAUCUCCCCUGAUAAAGCUUUGUCUACAGUUAGCAAAACAAACUCAUUGAUACCAGAGAAUGACUCAAACUCCAGUUCCUCACUGGAUGUAUCCAUUGUCGAGGACAAAGGUCAAAGUUUAAAGGUAACCAGGAGGUCUUCUAGACUAUCUGCAGGAAGUAGCCCAAGCAAAUCUGAGGUCAAGAAUACUGAAGGUGCUAAAAAUACAAGUUCUAAGGUCUUAACCUCAGAUACUGGUACAAAUGAUGAAAAAAUCAAGGAAGUGGUAGCACUCCCUGUCACGAGGAAGAGAGGCCGUCCAAAAAAAACAAUGUCAAGUCCACCUUCAAACUCUCCAGGUGAACAAGAUGAAUCAAGACACCAACAUGAUCCUACAGACUCAGAACCUCCCAAUAAUGGUGAAGAUAGUGUAAGUAAUCCUGUCCCACUGAAAAAGAAAAGAGGAAGACCUCCGAAACAAAAAGUUGAAGCACCAGAAAAAACUGUAGAAACAACUAACACUGGUUCUACCAAAAAUGAGACAGACUCAAUACAGACUGAGGACAUGGAUAUGGACAACAGCUCAGUUAUAAGGAACUCCUCAUCCCAGAUAGGUUCAAAGGUCAAGGCCUCCAUGGCAAGAUCUUCUGUAAAUAUGUCUGCAGCUGAGGAGCAUGUCAGUAGAGUAAAGCCAAGACUUGUGGCAACCAUGAUACCAAAGACAGAACAACCUAUAAAUAAAAAACAAACCACUACAGCAACAAAGACUUCUGGUCCAAAGACAGCAGCUAAAAAGUCAACUGCAGAGGUCAGCACCUUUGACUCAAUACUGCAGGGCAUGCAAGAUAUGCUACAUACACCAGGUCAAAAGGUCACAGAUAACCAAUGUCAAUCACAAGAAUCAAAUACUUCCACAUUCAAACAGCCCGACAGUCAUUCUAAUGUCUCCUACCAUCUUUGGUCACUUGGUGGUUUCCAGGUUGUGGUCAGAUGUGGUUACCAUGGUACCAUCAGAGACGAUGUUCAGAAGUUGUCCAAAGUACAUAUAUGUACAAAGAUGGAAUACCAGUCAUCGGAAGGCCUGGAACAGACAACAGCCAGUGAAAUGUGUAGAUCCUGGAUUUCAGGAUAUAUCCGACCUCACUGUAAACUACUCCGAGCUCGUAUUGAUCCUUUAAAGUCAGAACUCAUCGCUCUGGAGGAAAUAAGUUUAAAUCAACUGGUUGGCUCACAGCAGACAUUUAGGCCUGGGGAUAUCUUUCUGAUGUUACAGAAUAUUUUCCACAAGCUGCAUCAACAGUCCCCAGGCCAGUACCUACUUCACCAUGGACCAGGCGAUAGAAACUGCAACAUCAAAAAAUGUACAGAGAAGAAAAAACGUGGAUCAUAUGACCUUCAUUUUCAACACUUUGGCUUUAUGACAACAAACACAUCCAACACGAGCAAUGUACCUUGGUUACCUGUAGACCCCUCCAUCAUUCUGCCUAGUCACCUUGCAAGAGGAAGAGUACCUGCGACCUUUGAACCUGCAGAUUACUCAUCGUGGGUCUCGCCCAAAAAGAACAAAGGAAAAAAGAAGAAGAAACACACAAAAAGAAAAAUGAAAAAAUGAAAAAUAAAAAAUGUCAACAUGUCAAUUUUCUUUCAUAAUAUAAAUAUUCCUGACAUAAAAGUGAUGUAUGAAUAACUGAAGUAUUCUAGGUACGUUUUACUACCAGAGGUGGUUGAUACCAAAUUUAUACCUGUCAGAGCUACAAUAUUGCCCAUUAUAUCACAAUAGAGGUAUAUGUACAUAACUUCUCACUAAUGUAGAAUGGAAAUGGAAGAAAUAUUAUAAUGCUGCUGUCCAUUUGUCCU